AUUCCCUUCACGGCGCAACAUGGCUAGCAACGCCGACAAAAUCAUCGCCAACGGCAAGCACGUCGACAAUGCCGGCGAAGUGCACAUAGACGAGAUCAAGGACGACCUCAAGCGGUCGACAGACGUCCCCAACACCUUCCACCUCGCAGCUGCUGCGCUCUCGCAAGCGACCAGCGACUACGCUAGUAUAUGGACUCUGCUGAACCCCUACAAGCUGCUCCAGUAUAUCUGGCACACCUUCUACAUUGCGAUCCAGGUCGCGAUCAUCGCGCUGUUCAAGCCGCCGAGGCCGAGGUCGAAGGAGUCGCCGAAGCAACCGUUCGGUAGGAUCGCAGUCGUCGGUGCGGGUCUGACAGGCGUUUCCAGUGCGGCGCACUGCAUCGCACACAACUUCGAGGUGACCAUCUUCGAGGCGCAGUCUCGCGAGAAGGGCCUUGGCGGCAUAUGGGCGCAUGUCAACAGCACCAGCGGCCUGCAGAUCAACUCCAUCAUGUACCGCUUCCACCCUGCCGUCCUCUGGAGUCGCGCCUUCCCCCACCGCGACGAGAUCCUCGGCGAGAUCGCCCGCAUCUGGCACGAAUACAACCUCGACGCGCGCACUAGGUUCUCCACCCCCGUCACCUCCGUCAGGCGCGGCCCCGCACCCGAGGGCGACCCCUCCCGCCGCACCUGGAUCGUCAACAACGACGACUCCGUGCUCUACGACGCCGUCAUCGUCAACGUCGGCACCUGCGGCGCGCCCCGCGUCCCCGAGUGGGCGCGGGACUGGACCACCUCGCAGGACGGCGACGGCGAGAAGCACGCAGGCGCGGCGCACAGGGCCACCGUCCUCCACUCCUCCGAGCUCGACGCCGCGUCCGCGGACGUGCUCGCGGGCAAGCGCGUCGUCGUCGUCGGCUCCGGCGCCUCGGGCGUCGAGGCGUGCGAGACCGUCCUCGCCAAGGGCGUCGCGCUCGCGGGCCCCGUCACCAUGCUCGCGCGCUCGGACAAGUGGAUCAUCCCGCGGAACGUUGCGGUCGACACGCUGCUGGCGGCGCAGCCGUUCGGGCGGGAGAUGCCGCUGAGCUGGGUCUGGGAGGCGUGGCUGCGGCGGUUUCAUUAUGGGAAGGACCUGGCGUGGAUGGUGCCAGAUGAUGGGCGGGGCGUGUUUGAGGGGACGCCGGUGGUGAAUGAUGAGUUUUUGGGGCAUGUGAGGGAGGGGAGGGUUGAGUAUGUGCGCGCGGCGACGCAGGGGAUGGAGGAGAGCGGGAAGGGUGUGCUGGUCAAGAAGAAGGGCGCGUCCAAGGAGUCCGAGCCCGAGCUCGUCGAGGCCGCCGUCGUCAUCCUCGCCACGGGCUUCAACAAACCGAGCGUCGAUUUCUUCGAGGAGGCAGACGAGAUCUUCCCUGAAGGCUACCAGCGCCCGGAUCUCUAUCUCCAGAACUUCUCAACCGAGGACUGGUCCGUCUUGAUGACGAACUCUGCGUAUAUGAACGCCAUCGGGACAGUCGGUCACUUCCACAUCGGAAUCUACACCCGCAUCCUCCUCACCCUCCUCCUCGACCCGGACGCGCGCCCGCUUCCCAAGGACAUGAAGCUCUGGGUCGACUGCGUCCGGUUCGUCAAGCGCGGAGCUAAGGGCGGCGCCUUGGGGUUCUUCACGUAUGCGGAGUUGACCAUCUGGCUCGUCCUAUUCCACAUCUUCCGCCCGGAUCGGCUGAAGUGGAUUUUCUUCAUCAUGCAGGGCUGGGGCGUGCAUGGACCCAAGGGAAGCUACUAGACGGCCUCCUUGGCUACGACUAGAUGUGCGAUAAACGAACCGCCCCAUCUUGUAGAACAUGUAUCACGAUUAUAUAUACAUAUCUGAUUACUUGUA